AGAUAAAUAUCAUACAUUCUUCGUAUAUAGACUUGUAAUUACAUUUUUCCAUGUGAAUAUUUUUCUAUGUAUGUUAUUUGGAUUUGACCUGAAACGUGCAAUAUUCAUCUUAGCCGUCAAAGAGAGCCGAAGCCGAGCCGUCACCAACUUAACUGUUUUCUUGGAAAGAUCAUGAGAGGCUUCGGCCGCUUCGCCUCUCGCGUGACGCGUAACUGCCUCCUACCCUCUCGCCCCUAUAUAUACCGCCCUUCCUCUCUCCUUUCCAUCUGCGCCAUUUCCACCUUUCGCCAUUUCAAUAGCCAACAAGUUGCAGAGUUGCAGCAUCACCCACUCCGGCUAUGAGGAUUCUACGGACGUCCGAUGAGUUCGCGGCGGAGCUCCAGGAGUUCAUGUGCGCCGCCGUGCAGAGGAGGAAGGACGACGACGGACUCGGAGGUGCGCGCGGUGGUAAAUCGAGAAAUCUGGAGGAUCUCGACUCCGACGGUGGGAACAGGCUCGUCUGUGUUACCGGCGGCGUCUCCUACCUCGGCCGCGCCGUCGUGGAGCGGCUCCUCAUUCACGGGUACUCCGUCAGAAUCGUCGUCGCAAGUCCAGAGGAGGAAGAACAAGUGAGGGAGAUGGGGAUCUCCGGAGAAACGGCAUCGUUUAACAACAGGAUUAGCGCAGUGAUGGCUAGAUUAACCGAUAUCGGAAGCCUAAUUCAAGCAUUUGAUGGGUGUUUUGGGGUUUUCCAUACCUCCGCGUUUAUAGACCAGGCUGGGAUUUCUGGAUAUUCGAAAUCCAUGGCUGAGUUAGAAGCGAAGGUGAGUGAGGCCGUAAUAGAGGCGUGUACGAGGACUGGAUCAGUAAGAAAGUGCGUGUUCACUUCUUCGCUCUUGGCCUGCAUCUGGCAAGAUGGUUCCCUCUGUGACCUCCCAGCGGUUGUGAACGACGAGUGCUGGAGUCAGGAACAAGUUUGCACCCAAAAAAAGCUUUGGUAUGCACUGGGGAAAUUGAAAGCGGAGAAGGCAGCGUGGAGAAUAGCGGGAGAGAAAGGCUUGAAGCUUGCCACUAUAUGCCCUGCUCUCAUCACGGGCCCUGAUUUCUUCCCCCGCAACCCCACUUCAACCUUGGCCUAUCUCAAAGGAGCAGAGGAGAUGUACGGAAAGGGAGUACUGGCGACGGUGGACGUGAAGAGGGUGGCGAAGGCCCACGUCUUCUUGUUCGAGGGAAUGAAUAGGGCCUCUGCCUCCGGGAGAUACAUCUGUUUCGACAACGUCGUAAUGUGUCGUCACUCCGCCGAAAAGCUCGCGAAGGUCAUCGGCAUCAACCCUCACAAGCUCUGCGGCCACUCUGGCCAUCCCCCCUCCUCCGUUUUGUCCGACAAGAAGCUUCUUCAUCUCAUGUCCAGGACCCUCACUAGCUGCUCUCAACAGACCUAAUCCACCUCACCAUACAUCUCUACAUAAUCCAAUAGUUAUUUUAGAUAUGAAUCUACCACGUCAAUUCUUUUCUUCUUUUAUAUACAUAUAUAUAUAUAUAUGAUUAAUAUGAUAUUUAUUGUAAUGUGCAUGCAUGCA